UAGUAAGAACUGGUGCUUACACUUGUGGACACGAACCAAGCGAGAUGAGCUACAAGAUAAACUGGAUAAGCUUCGUAUUAAUAAUAUGGAUGCUAACCACGUCGUUACAAAUCGAGGCGUCUUUCUUUCCUUGUACCCCGCUUUCACCACCUGAUCGCUGCCGUAAAAUUGACGAGAUUUCCGGAAAGCAGGUCUCCUUUCAUAUUUGCGGCGUUCAACUCACAACAGCUUUAGUUAGGUUCUGCAGAUUGCGAAGGAAAAGAAAUGUAAAACCAAGAGACAGCAAAGUAAUCCUGGACAAGCAAAGAGCUGACGGAUUUCUCACUUCACAGCAGGUGACUAAAAGGAACUUCGACCUUGUAGAAGAGUGCUGUCGAGAGGGCUGUGUGUUGGAAGAACUUUUGGAAUAUUGCAAAUAUUUUUGAAAUGUAAAAUCGGCUAGAAGAAAAUACCCCAAAAAGUAUGUUUAGUUCUCGGUUGAACGCGGUUGCGAUGAACAACCGCUCUCUACAACUUAAGGGAAAUGUAGACCAUAUGGUACUUUGCCGCAACCAAAUUAAUAUCAAUUUUUAAUUUUUGGUCCCAUUUAACCUCAGUUUAUUUAAAUUAUAGCUUUCGGGGGCAAAGGAAAAAACGUUAUAAUGAGUCGGGUCGCGAUUAUUCUGCUGAUCCUCAUCGAGAAUGUUAUGACAAGUUCGUUUUAUUCAACUACUUGGAUAGAUGUUGAGCUGAGAACGCAUUGUAAAGUUAGGGGAUAUCAAGAUAGCAAUUAUCAUAGAACCGGAAGUGAGGCUUAUGGUUGUGUCACAAUAACAAUAUACAACAAUAAACUCCUAAUGCUCUGUAGUAUUAUGUAGCUAAUUCCUCUGACCUCCCCCUGGUGAUUGAUAAUCAUUGUUCCGUUAGUUAGGAGAAAUUGGUGUUUGGUGUUUGGUGUUAAAUAAAUUAGCCAUCAUUAGAUUACUGUGUAACCUUUGUUGUUUACCUUGAUUGUUAAGAAUAAAAAAAUUGUAAUUAUUUAGCCGUUCAAUGAUUAACUAGUUGUCUAGGUGAUUUUCGCGAAUUUACCGCUUAGUUGUAUCGCGGGCGCAUUUUUCCCACGUGCGAGACGAAGGAAGACAUGCUGAUUUGUGAGACUUCGCCGUUCGUUCUAAUGUGAAAUUAAAAGGUGAAAUUUAUU